AUGGCGUCGGUCUCGACAGAAGAUGAACGUACACAGGUGCUCAAUGCGUACAAAGCGAAAGUAAUGGAACAUCGUGAAAUGGAAAGCAGAGUGAAAAGCAUGCGUGAGAACGCUAAAACGCUUGUAAAGGAGUUUAAUAAGACAGAGAAUGAUCUAAAGGCUCUACAGAGUGUAGGCCAAAUCAUUGGGGAAGUAUUGCGUCAGCUGGAUGACGAUCGCUUUAUUGUAAAGGCAUCAAGUGGUCCGCGUUACGUCGUAGGAUGUCGUGCGAAGGUGGACAAGAGUAAACUCAAGUCAGGCACGCGCGUAGCGUUGGACAUGACCACACUCACUAUUAUGCGUUACCUACCGCGUGAAGUGGACCCUACGGUGUACCACAUGUUGCACGAAGACGCUGGUAAUGUGUCUUUUUCGAGUAUUGGCGGUCUGAAUGACCAGAUCCGAGAACUUCGUGAAGUCAUUGAGCUGCCACUCACGAAUCCAGAAUUGUUUCUCCGUGUCGGCAUCAAGCCACCAAAAGGUGUUCUACUGUAUGGACCGCCUGGUACGGGUAAGACAUUGUUGGCACGUGCACUCGCGUGCAACAUAAAUGCUACCUUUUUGAAGGUUGUAGCGAGUGCCAUUGUGGACAAAUAUAUUGGUGAAAGUGCUCGUGUGAUCCGUGAAAUGUUCGGAUACGCUCGUGAUCAUCAGCCGUGUGUCAUCUUUAUGGAUGAGAUUGAUGCAAUUGGUGGAAGUCGCUACUCAGAGGGGACGUCUGCUGAUCGUGAAAUUCAGCGUACGUUGAUGGAAUUGCUAAACCAACUUGAUGGGUUUGACGCUUUGGGACAAGUAAAGAUGGUCAUGGCGACAAACCGACCUGACAUUUUGGAUCCUGCACUGCUGCGUCCUGGUCGUCUUGAUCGUAAGAUUGAAAUUCCGCUGCCUAACGAGGCCUCACGCAUGGACAUUCUCAAAAUUCACUCGGGCCCCAUCACGAAGAAAGGCGAGAUUGACUACGAGUCGAUUGUCAAGCUCACAGAUGGUUUCAACGGUGCCGAUAUGCGCAACGUGUGUACCGAAGCAGGUAUGUUCGCGAUCCGUGCUGACCGCGAGUACGUUGUAGAGGAAGACUUUAUGAAAGCAGCGCGAAAACUGGCCGAGACUAAGAAGCUCGAAUCCAAGAUGGACUACAGCAAGGUUUAA